AGGUCUCAUCUGUCUGAAGUCCAUCACUAUAGAAGCAGCAUCACUUCUUCCAGACGGAGCCGGAAGCAUCGAUUAAAGCUUCAGCAGCGCGUUAAAAUGAGCGGAGGGUUGACUGAUGAAGUUUCACAAGUCUCUCAGCGGGAAGUGAAAACGAUCAUUUGCAUGUUUAUUUUAGCGCUUUCAACACCUCAUCGUUAAAAGCGCUGUCGGAUAUUAUAAGUUCAUCAGUCACAUCUGCAUUUAGUCCGAACAUCAAGAACAAGAAGCCAUCAGCCAGCAUCUCCAGCCACAUAAUGUUCCAGUGAUCUGCGUUGUUGGCAUCAUCUCGGCCCCUUGAGAAGUUCAUGGGAAAAAAACAGUGAGGGGAAGGACCUAAACAGAGAGGACCGCAGAGCAUCUCUUUUCACCAGGAGAGCAUGGAGGCGACUGUGCCCUGCGUGAGGACGACGGUGGAAUGACAGAUUAUUGUGCGGUUGAAUAAAGCUCUUCAUCAGCUGUUUGAGCGGAGCAGGUGUGGAGGAGCCGCUGCAGCUGCUUGCAGACGCUGGUGGAUGUUUGUGGAGGUGAGGAGGCUGAGCUCAGCGGCUGCCAGGCUGCAGCUAUGGUCGUUGAGGCGAGGUUUCCUCCCUCCUCAUCAGUGACCUCGCCGUUUGUCUCACCAUGCCGGACGACCCCGCCGCCUCCGUCCUCUACAUCAUCCUGGAGCUGCUGAUUGCUGUGUUCUCCGUGCUGGGCAAUGUGCUGGUCUGCUGGGCCGUGUGCCUCAACAGCAACCUGCAGAGCAUCACCAACUUCUUCGUGGUGUCGCUGGCGGUGGCAGACAUCGCCGUGGGCGUCCUGGCCAUUCCCUUCGCCAUCGUCAUCAGCACCGGCUUCUGCUCCAACUUCUAUGGCUGCCUGUUCAUCGCCUGCUUCGUCCUGGUUCUCACACAGAGCUCCAUCUUCAGCCUGCUGGCCAUCGCUAUAGACCGAUACAUCGCAAUCAAGAUACCACUCAGGUACAACAGUCUGGUGACAGGCCAGCGAGCUCGAGGCAUCAUCGCCAUCUGCUGGGUUUUAUCCAUCAUCAUCGGUCUGACCCCAAUGAUGGGCUGGCACAAGCUGCCCGGGAGCAGCAACAGCACCUGCAGCCCCGGCCUGAUGAAGUGCCUGUUUGAGGAGGUGGUGGUCAUGGAGUACAUGGUCUACUUCAACUUUUUCGCCUGUGUGCUGAUCCCUCUGCUGCUGAUGCUGGCCAUCUACCUGUGCAUCUUCAUGGCAGCCCGUCACCAGCUCAAGCUGAUCGAGGUGAAAGCGGUUCAUGGGGAGAAGUCGCGCUCCACGCUGCAGAAGGAGGUCCAGGCUGCCAAGUCUCUGGCCAUCAUUGUGGGGCUGUUUGCGGUUUGCUGGCUGCCGUUACACAUCAUCAACUGCUUCACCCUCUUCUGUCCUCAGUGUCCUCGUCCGCCGCUCUGGAUCAUGUAUGUGGCCAUUAUCCUGUCUCACGCCAACUCUGUGAUCAACCCUUUCAUCUACGCCUACCGGAUCCGGGAGUUCAGACAAACCUUCCGUAAGAUUAUCCGGCGCCACAUCCUGGGCCGGCAGGAGCUGCUGGAGAGUGGCAGCAGUAUGCGCAACUCCACCCACAACAGCAUCACAGACUCCAUCAGACUCAAGGCGAACGGCCUCAGCUUUCAGCUUUUCACUGAGCACAGCAGCAGCAGCAGCUGUGAGAGCUCCUACCACUGCCCUACUCAAGUCUCUCCUGUAGGGGGAGGCCUGGUGGCGGUAUCCCACCCCCCUCUGUCAGUCAUCAUCUCCCACUGUCCUAAGAUGGAGAUGUGUCCAUUGCAAGCCCUCAGACAAACUCAAAUCCCAGUGGCUCCUCAUCAGCAGUCUGAGGAUGACUGCAGCGGACCAGCAGUCAUGGAGGAUAAGGACAGACAGAACCUCGGCUCUGCCCAGGUCGCAUCGCUGUUCAACAAGCAGGACAGGAGGAGCUACUUCAGCGAGGUGGCAAAGGUGUCCUGACGCAGGGACGUCGAUGUCAAAGGACUGGGAUAAAUCCCGAUCCACAGUGGAAUUGGGAACACUGUAAAUUGAUCAUGGACAACGAAUGUCACUGAGAUAACUUAAAUCUCCUCACCACAAAAAAACUGCCUCCACAAUUUAAACAUAGUGACUUUUUAAUUUAAACCAUUCUAUUUUUAAGGUGCAGGCACUUCACACAUCAGAAGCAGCUACAACAUCACGAAAUGCUUUCUCUUUCUCUUUGUGAAUAGUUAGAGCUCAUUGAUGCACUUUGACCAGUGAAUUUGUGAGACCGACCAAAGCUCAGCCAACAUAUAGGAGAGGGACAGUAUGGAAAAAGCAUUGAUCGUCCCUCUUUGUUCAACUGCAGGUUGACAGAUGCUCCCUUGUGUGUGAAUCAGUUUGCUGUUACUGAUCUCAACAGUCCUUUAGUUAAAGACAAAUCUUGUUAUUAAAUUAUUGAUACUGUAUUUUUUUUUUUAAUUUCCAGGGAUGUUGAUGUAAACACUGUCUGAUGGAUUUCACCACAAACCACCACUGAAACAUGAGCAGAGGAUUAUUUCUUAAACAGUAAUGCAACAUCACUUACAACAUGUUUUAGCUUCCUCCCGUCCUGUCGCCCUGCAGGAUGCACAGACACCAACCUGCCAAGCAAAGUUCAUGCUUAGAGAUUUCUGUCGUUCACAUUAUAAUUUCAGCUUUUUCUGCAGCAGUUUAUGUGCAUCACCAACAGAAAUGAAUGGGUUAUGGUUUUAUUUUGAGCCCUGUGCUGUUUCUAAUUGGACUAGAAAAAUUAAGGACAGUACCUUCACCAAUGAUGGAUAAAGCUUCACAUAAACCUCAGAGUUGGUGAUGUAAUGCUAAAAUGUAAGCUUUGUAUUUUUGUGAUAAUGUGACUUGAUUGUUUGCUUAUUUAAGUCAAAUUUAUGAUGACCUCUGACACAGUUUGAUGGUAAAUAAUUUGUAAAUGAUUACAUUUUAGACUUCAGUCAAACUCAUGGAAGAAUUUUCUGUUUCUUAUUAUUUCUGAUGAUUUCAUCCUCAGUCCAGUGCAGCUAUUACCUUCUGUGUUUUCACGAGGACACUGGCACAAAGUCCUGUCUUGAA